AUGUCGCGGCGAGCGGGGCUCACGAAUGGCGCUGAGAAACAGCCUCCUGCGCCAGCCAAGGACAAUGCUCAAUCGAAGCAGGCAAUGCUUUUGUCUCAAGACUCGGGGCAUUUCAGUCUGAUCAGGGCGCUUCAUCUCGCUGAUCUGAUCACUGAACUGAAUGGUUUCUGUGGAUUCAUGUCAAUUCUCUCGUCGAUGCGCUAUUGUCUCGCCGACCCCAACGAUCUCACGAAUCUAUGGCUUGCCUUCGGUUUCAUGCCAUUUGGUCUGUUCUUCGACUUUUUUGACGGCAAGGUGGCACGGUGGAGAGAAAAGUCAUCCCUCAUGGGUCAAGAGCUGGAUUCGCUGGCGGAUCUGGUCACAUUUGGUGUCGCAACUGCCGCUGCGGGAUUCGCCAUGGGAUUCCGGACGAACGUUGACCAGAUCUUCCUCGCCUUCUAUGUCCUCUGCGGGUUGACUAGACUCGCUCGGUUCAAUGUGACCGUCGCCAUGCUGCCGAAGGACAAGACGGGGAAGUCGAAGUACUUUGAGGGUACUCCUAUACCAUUUGCCUGCCUGAUGAGCUUGACCGUGAUGGCGACUUGUGCGUGGUUUGGUUGGAUACAUGAGGAUAUACCUCUGGGGACUAUCUUGGGUGGAACCGAUCUCGAGUUUCAUCCCAUCGGGGUGAUCUUUCUCGUUAAUGGAAUUCUCAUGACGAGCAGAACGUUGCACGUUCCGAAGCCGUAA